UGAAUCAAUCAUGACAAACCAAAAUAAAUGAAUGUGGGCCGGGCCGACUACAUAAUCUGUUUGGGCUUUAACUCAGUUUCAGUUGUGUCCAAUUGUAAAAAGAAUUCAAACAUUGAAAUCAAUACUAUGAAGUUUCAUUGAGAAAAAAUGAAAUUCCCAGACAAAGACAAGAUGAUGUUAUUGGUCAGUUAUUUGUGUGUGACAGUUACUUGGUAUGCAACAAUGGAACAGAUGCCUGUGCUAUUUCAAGAAACCUCAAUUCUCAAUUUACUAUAUGACAAAAUAAUGAGUACAGAGAAUAUUGUUUGAAUAUUUGGUGAAGGUUUUGCCCCACAAAAUAUCCUCUUCCCCAAAACCAUUCCGGUACUAAAAUUUUGUCAUUCAAAUAUACCAAUUCUCACACAUUUUUAGGCUUGGUGAAAGUGAAUUGUACAGCUAGUAUGGUUAGGCAUGUGCCUCUUUUUUCAUGUGCAUAUUUGUUCAAACUUUAUAGCGGCAGUGUGACCCCUCUCUACUUAUUUCAUCCAUCAUACUAUUGCCGCAAUUUAUGCUUAACAAAUUCAUGUCAAAUAUUAUCAACUUGGGUCAUGUGUGUGUGUGCGAGAGAGAGAGAGAGGGGACAGUCAAUGAAUGGCCACCACUUUACAAAAUUUGAUAGCUAAUUAAGAGGUAAAGGAUCAAUGUAUUUCUACUCAAUGAAAAGCAUAUGUGUUUGUGUGUGUGUGUGUGUGUGUGUGUGUGAGAGAGAGAGAGAGAGAGAUCAGAUGUGUGGUAGAAAUAAUUAGAGCACUUGGUGGUAUACAGUCAGUGUGCCUUGUGGGGUGUUAAUCAUGAUUUCAUAAGCCUUUUUGUUCCAUAUUUAGGGCUUCAUUAUUCUGCAGGGACCUUUUUAAGAUGCCAAAUGUCUCCUUAUCUCAAUAUUAUUGCACUUAUUGUCUAUAACCUAUUUGGUUCCACACACAAAUUGUAUGUAAAAUUUUAUUUGGCAAAUCGUAAAGUGUAUUUGGAAAAUUGUAAAGGGGAGUACAAAAUUUGUUCUCUCUUUUUCCCAUCUUUUGCUGAUAUUGAUUAGUAUGAUUUCCGAAUACAAGCAAGGAUCAUUUAUCUUUAUACUAAUAAUAGGGGGACUAAGUGGUAUUUAAGUGUCAAAAGUUCGGUUGCUAUCAUGAUUUUUCAAUAUCCCAUCACAUUUUGUAGUGAUUUCAAUAGCAUCAUUCUCAAUAAUUAUGUGCCAUAAUUUACAUUGCGAGAAAUUGCUUUUACACCAAUUGUCCACAUAGUAUUAAAAUUUUGUUUGUCGAAAGCAAAUCAGAAUCCACUUGGUCUCGAAUUUCUUAAAACUGUGGUUCCCCUGCCACAGUGGCAGGUAAGAACUGUGAAUCAACAAAAAGAGUAAAAAGUAACACAUGCCAACUGAGAGAGAGAGAUGGAGGAGAGAGGCAUACACAAAUCAGGAAUGAUGAGAAAGUUGCAUAAAUAAGAAAGCUAAAAUUAGGGGGAAAAAACAUAAUCUUUUUCAAACACAACUCACAUCAUAAGUGUGGUAGAUAGUAGUACUAUUCACCAAAAUGAAAAUAAAAUCAUAGUAUCCCACGCACACCAACCCCAUGCUUUGAAUAUGCUUUACUGCAUGCUCUUAAAAUGUGAACACCUCGUCUGAACAAAAACCACAACACACUAUUCUUGGAUCCACAAAUUCAAAUCUCCCAUCUCUCACAUAAAUCCCAAUGCUCAAAAUCUUGAUCAAACAGACUAAUUAAGACAGACAGAGAGAGAGAGAGAAAGGGAACAUUUUUUUUCCUGUGAAAGCCUGCAGUUUCAGUUUCUGCAGAAGUAAAAAUCAUGGGUGCAAAGUGCUCCAAGUUCUCAUUUUGCUGGUGGCAUUCUCAUCUCAAACCAUCUGUUCUUCAAUCCACUGAUCCGGAGAAUGGGGAGAAAAAUUCUUUCCCAAGCUUCAGAGAGUUCAGCUGGGAGGAGCUGAAAACUGCAACAAAAGGAUUUUCUUCAGACAACAUAGUCUCUGAGCAUGGUGAGAAGGCUCCUAACGUUGUUUACAAAGGUUUUCUUGAAACUGAAGGCUGGAUUGCUGUUAAGCGCUUCAACAAGUCUGCUUGGCCUGACCCUCGCCAAUUUAUAGAUGAAGCUAAGGCGGUGGGGAACUUGAGAAGUGAACGAUUGUCUAAUCUGAUUGGAUUCUGCUUUGAAGGAGAGGAGAGAUUGUUGGUGGCAGAGUUUAUGCCUAAUGAGACUUUGGCCAAGCAUUUAUUUCACUGGGAGAAUCAGCCCAUGAAAUGGGCAAUGAGGUUGAGGGUGGCCUUGUAUUUGGCACAAGCUCUGGACUACUGCAGCGGUCGAGGCCGGGCUUUGUAUCAUGAUCUUAAUGCUUACAGAGUCUUAUUUGAUCAGGAUGGCAAUCCCAGGCUCUCUUGUUUCGGGUUGAUGAAGAAUAGUCGAGACGGCAAAAGUUACAGCACAAACUUAGCCUUCACUCCCCCAGAGUAUUUGAGAACUGGAAGAGUGACUCCAGAAAGUGUGGUUUACAGCUUUGGAACUAUGCUGCUUGAUCUCUUAAGUGGCAAACAUAUACCUCCAAGCCAUGCACUUGAUCUCAUCCGCGGCAAGAACUUUCUGAUGCUGAUGGACUCCUGUUUGGAGGGACAUUUCUCCAAUGACGAGGGAACUGAGCUGGUCAGGCUAGCCACCCGUUGCUUGCAGUACGAAGCUCGGGAGAGGCCAAACACAAAGACCCUAGUCACUUCCCUCAUGUCUCUCGAGAAAGAAACUGAGGUCCCUUCCUACGUUCUACUAGGCAUCCCACAAGGAAAAACCGGCUGCACGGUGCCACUUCUGCUGACUCCGAUGGGGGAAGCAUGCCUGAGAAUGGAUCUCACCGCCAUACACGAAAUCCUAGACAAGGCCGGAUACAAAGAUGAUGAGGGAAUUGCCAAUGAGCUAUCUUUUCAGUUGUGGACCAGCCAAAUGCAGGAGACCUUGAACUCCAAGAAGCAAGGAGACGCCGCAUUUCGCGCCAAGGACUUCGCCACUGCCAUUGACUGCUACUCACAGUUCGUCGAAGGUGGGACUAUGGUUUCUCCGACGGUGUAUGGGAGGCGGUGCGUGUGCUAUCUGAUGAGCGACAUGCCUAAUCAAGCACUCGGAGAUGCGAUGCAAGCACUGGCGAUAUCACCACAGUGGCCGACUGCUUUUCAUCUUCAAGCUGCCGCGCUCUUCACGCUUGGGAUGGAGAAUGAUGCCCAAGAAUCGCUGCAAGAAGCCUCCAAUUUGGAAGCAAAACAAAACAAAAAUUGAAAAAACUGUAUAGACUUAAACUCCCCUUCCUUCAUGUAUUUAGGCUUUUCAACACUCCAACUUUGUCUAAAGCAGAGGAUUAUCUCACGCUUGUUGCUGUUUUUCUUCUUUUCUUGGAAUUUGUUGGUUUUGAGCACUCUUCGUUAAGUUUUGUGCGUUAUGGAAUUAUGUUUCAGUGGAAA